AUGACGACACGGAUGGAUUCACCGCGACAGAAGCCGUUGCCACAGCAGCCGUCAGAAGUGAACACCAACGCUGCUGCGGUGUUGUCAACGACCACAACAGAAUCGUACGUCUACACCUGCCGCAUGUGUCGACGCGUCUUGUUUAUGCACCACGAGAUUCUGCCGCACUAUCCUGAGCCCGUUGGCAGCGGUAGCAAAGGUUUUAAAUAUCGCGGUGGGGGUCACGCCUCUUCACAGCAGCAGCAAGGGCUUCACGCAGCGCAGGAGGGUGGUGAUGUCUGCACAAGCUACUUUCUCGAUCCGGACAUCUCCCCGUGGGUGGCGGAGGAGAGCCGUGAGGUGCAUCAGGUGAGUGGCGGCCUUGACGUCAUGCCGGACACCAUUUACUGUCCCAACCGCAAGUGUAACGCAAAGAUUGGGACACAGUCGUGGGUGGGCUCACAGUGCUCAUGUGGUACGUGGGUGGCACCGGCAUUUAAGAUACAUAGUAGGGUGGUGGACAAAAUGCCCGUUGCACAGUGA